CCGUGACCCCCUCCAACCCCCUCCGACCCCCUCCGACCCCCGACUCCAGGGCCUGGUACACCCCCAGGUGCCACACAACGGCCCCAGUAUUUAUCAGCGUGGGAGUUCUGGACCUUUCCACCACCGGCCGCGGCCGUUAUCUCGCCGGGUAUAAAAGGCGGGCGUGCUGCCGCCUGGCCAGAACACCCCACUGGCCGCCCUUGGGGAAAGCAGCCAAUGGCUGGAAGGAGCAAGCCUAGAACUUAGACACACUAGACACACUCACUAGAAACACACAAUGGUUGUCCCUACUAUCCAAGCACCAGCUCCAGCAUUCAAGAAGACCGCAGUCAUCGGCGGUGCCUUCGAAGAGGUCUCCCUCGAGCAAUACAAGGGUAAGUGGGUCUUGUUGGCCUUCUUCCCAAUGGCGUUCACCUUCGUCUGUCCUACCGAAAUCAUUGCCUACUCCGAGAAGGCCAAGGAGUUCAAGGACAAGGGUGCCGAGGUCUUGUUCGCCUCCACCGACUCCGAGUACUCCUUGCUGGCCUGGACCAACGUCGCCAGAGCCGACGGUGGCUUGGGCCCAUUGAACAUCCCUCUUAUUGCUGACAGAAACCACUCGCUUGCCAAGGACUACGGUGUUUUGGUCGAGGACGAAGGCAUCACUUUCAGAGGUAUCUUCUUGAUCGAUCCAAAGGGUACUUUGAGACAGAUCACCAUCAACGACUUGCCUGUCGGUAGAUCCGUCGACGAGUCCUUGAGAUUGCUCGAGGCCUUCCAGUUCACCGACAAGUACGGCGAAGUCUGUCCUGCCAACUGGACCCCUGGUGCCGACACCAUUGUCCCAGAGCCAGAGAACUCCAAAAAGUACUUCUCCAAGCACGGUUAAGCCCCUCGCUCGGCUUCUCCUUAGAGCUAGAUAUAGAUAGGUAACUCGAACAAUACUGUGUAUUCAAAAUAUAUUUAC